AUGGGGAGAGAAAGAGCUUUGUCUCGGCGUACCGAGGACGAGAAAUUGGCCAUCCGGCGGGAGAAGGUCAGAUUGAAUGUUCAAGCCCACAGAGAGCGCCAGAGGUUGAAGAAGCGGCUCGAAGUUCUCAAUGAACCAUGCCAACCCAAGCUCCGUUGGAUUCAGGAAACGAAGUGGCAGUUGCAAAGGAAAGCAGACACUCACGACCAGGAUCAAGUGGCGAAGUCUGCAGGACCACGCCGAGAAGGUUCCCCCAAGUUGGAUUGCUGUAUUGCGAUCCAUCCGAGCCCUGGGAAGCAGUACACGCUUGCCCUGCUGGCCAUGUUGCGAACACGCCUUUUGCCAGACCGUGUGAUACUACGAAGUCCAGGAAUUCCAGAACAGCGACUGACGACACCGUGUGCCCCUUGGGUGGUGAGAGGAUAUGAACUAGCAGCUGAUAAGGAAGACCCUCUCCUGAUGGGUAUGCUGCGUUCCCUGGGGCUCGCUCUACUUGGGGCCGACCACCAGCGCAAGGACAUCCAGACGUUUGCACAACGCACCUACCAGACUGCUCUCAGAGCAGUUAGUCGGCAACUGGGACUUCUGAUGAGUGGUCACAAGCACUCCUCCAACGACCACCCGACAUUGAUUUUGUCCUGCCACGCGGCUGCAAUGUUCGAACUGAACGUGGGUGGGUCGCUAUCUGACAUGUCUCGCCUUGUCCGUGGUCUAGGAUCCUUGUUGGUCCAUCACUUUCUUGAGUCGAAUUCGAUGCAGGAAGACAUAUUUGAUCUAAUGGAGGAAUAUAGACUUUUCGAAAUGGUGUUCUGCCUCGUAAAUCGACAAAAAUCGGUGCUAUCUGGAACAAUCCUGGGCAGAGAGGAGAAGUGCCUCGAUAACCCAGACCCAGAUCUUGGAAAUUGCCGCAUGAGCCUGCUCACUAAAUUGGUUCAUAUUGGCGCUUGUAUUCCCCCGAUUAUGGUCUAUGCCGACAGAUUGAAGAGUACCACUGUGACCAGCGACAAGGAACAUGGCCCGAUGGGCAAAUUCCUUAAGACGUUGUCCUCCGCUGCAACUGAAUUACAACUGUGGCGUCAAGACUUCCUCGCAAAUGAAACCCCACCAGUCAUGGGGUCACUGACAUACACUUCUGAGUACAACAAUCCCGAAUUCCAAAACCUCGAAAUAGUCACGGCCUGGACUUACUACCUUUCAAUCAAAAUACACACUCUCGAGACUUACGCCUUUAUGCUCGAACAUGCCACUUUGAUCCAGCCAAGCUCAACAAAUAUCGAGGCCGCCGAGGAGGGAUAUGGCAUGAUUGACGUUCAGCUUAGCAGUCCGGACGAGAAGAUAAUCCUGUUACGGUCAGAACUGCUCGAUACCACGAGGCUUCUUCUUCGGUCUAUGCCGUACUUCUCAGACGCCAGCUUAGGCCAUAUCGGCCGUUCGUUGAUUGCAUUCCCCUUGGAGACCGUGAAACGUGCUCUCCUUGGUGAACUUGAACGGCGAUCGAGUCUGGCGUGCGUGGAAAGUGAAAUUGCUUCCUUAAAGUUCUCAGGUCACCAGGCACAGGACAUUAUACAGGAUCUCGUGGUCUGGCGGGAAAUUGCCACAAACGCAAAAGCAUCAGGAUGCGCGUUGUUCUCUCAUUGA